AUUGAUGCUAUUGACGUUUCAUUUUGGGGGCGGGUAUCGAAGUUUAAUCAUUUUAUAAUUAAAAUAAUUUAGAGUAAAAUGGUAGCGUUAGAUCCCUUAUAUUAGAUUACACAAAGUUAGGAAAUAGUACGUUCUCGAUGAUUGCCUUUUGGUUGUACUAGCCUAAGUUGAAGUCAAGAUGAUUGGUGGCUUAUUUGUCUACAACCAUAAAGGCGAAGUAUUAAUUUCGAGGGUAUAUCGAGAUGAUAUAGGACGAAAUGCAGUGGAUGCGUUCAGGGUGAACGUUAUCCAUGCCAGGCAGCAAGUGCGAUCGCCCGUUACGAACAUCGCUCGCACGUCUUUUUUUCACAUAAAGCGUGCCAACAUCUGGUUGGCAGCGGUGACCAAGCAAAAUGUGAAUGCUGCAAUGGUGUUUGAAUUUCUGCUUAAGAUUAUUGAUGUCAUGCAGUCAUACUUCGGGAAGAUCUCCGAAGAGAAUAUUAAGAAUAACUUUGUUCUUAUCUAUGAGUUGCUUGAUGAGAUCUUGGACUUUGGUUAUCCUCAGAACUCUGAUACUGGGGUUCUUAAGACUUUCAUAACACAACAGGGCAUUAAGUCUGCUUCUAAAGAAGAACAAGCGCAGAUUACAUCACAGGUGACUGGACAGAUUGGUUGGCGUCGCGAAGGUAUAAAGUACAGACGCAAUGAAUUAUUCCUUGAUGUGUUGGAGUAUGUCAACCUCCUUAUGUCUCCACAAGGUCAAGUGUUGUCGGCUCAUGUGGCUGGUAAGGUGGUGAUGAAGUCCUACCUCUCCGGCAUGCCCGAGUGCAAGUUUGGCAUCAAUGACAAAAUUGUUAUGGAAGCUAAAGGCAAGGGUAAUGGUGGUAUAUCUGGCAACACUGAUAGUGAGGGCGCUCGCUCUGGCAAGCCAGUGGUAGUUAUCGAUGAUUGUCAGUUCCAUCAAUGUGUGAAACUCAGCAAAUUCGAAACGGAACACUCCAUUUCGUUCAUACCACCAGACGGAGAGUUUGAACUUAUGAGAUAUCGUACAACUAAAGAUAUCUCUCUGCCGUUCCGUGUUAUACCUCUAGUGCGUGAAGUUGGUCGCACUAAGAUGGAAGUGAAGGUAGUUUUGAAGAGUAACUUCAAGCCGUCACUGCUCGGACAAAAGAUUGAGGUUAAGAUUCCAACUCCGUUGAAUACGAGCGGAGUUCAGUUGAUUUGUCUUAAAGGGAAGGCAAAAUAUAAGGCCUCCGAGAAUGCUAUUGUUUGGAAGAUUAAGCGCAUGGCUGGUAUGAAGGAAACCCAGUUAUCUGCUGAGAUUGAACUCCUGGAAACUGAUACUAAGAAGAAAUGGACGCGCCCACCCAUCUCCAUGGGCUUUGAGGUGCCUUUUGCACCUUCUGGUUUCAAGGUCCGUUAUUUGAAGGUGUUUGAGCCGAAGCUGAACUACUCAGACCAUGAUGUGAUCAAAUGGGUGAGGUACAUCGGACGUUCCGGACUUUACGAGACACGAUGCUAGACUGGCGACUCGGCUUACACUGUAAUUUGCCGCUGACAGUUCUACUUUAAAGGAUCAGACGAUAUGGCGUGUUACAUAAAUCUAAAACAUUUUGUAUAUAAUUUGUCGGUACACUUUCAUCUAUUUACAUAACACGAGAUACUUUUAUGAGAAUUUAUAUAAUUUUUUUUUAUAUAUUUGCUGAUAAUGUAUGCGAGGUCAUACAUAGUUGAAGGGAUUCCCAAAGUGGUCGAUAUCGAACUUAAAGCAUUGCUAAUUCUCACUCUGUCUUCUUCUU